CUAUAUACAUUUAAUGUUAAUAUAGGAAAUGUCUCACUUCAUAUAUCGUGUCGGAAUAUGUAAGAGACUACUCAAUACAGACAAACACAUCGUUGUCGUUAGCUCCACGUUGUCAAUUACCACGUUUAUACUGACGGUGUAUAUCGGGGCGGUAGACCGGACUUCCUAGAAGUGUUGCUCCACGUCGUCAAUUACCACGUUUAUACUGACGGUGUAUAUCGGGGCGGUAGACCGGACUUCCUAGAAGUGUUGACUCUUAACUCUGAUAGACUGUGCACCUUAGAAGUUUUGACUCUUAACUCUAAUAGACUGGACACCCUAGAAGUGUUGACUCUUAACGCCGAAAGACUGCGCACCCUAGAAGUGUUGACUCUUAACUCUGAUAGACUGGACACCCUAGAAGUGUUGACUCUUAACGCCGAAAGACUGCGCACCCUAGAAGUGUUGACUCUUAACUCUGAUAGUCUGGACACCCUAGAAGUGUUGACUCUGAUAUGACCCUGAUCAGAGCUUACUAUUACAGAAGUAUGUGUUAGCCUACAAUAUGAAGUAACACCGACUCAAUCAUGGGAUUUACCUGGAUGUUUCGUCUCAUCUGUAUAAUCGGCCUGACAGUUACUCUAGCGAAAGGACAGGCCUGUCGACAGUGCUUUAACUGUCACCUGCCUUUCUGCUUUUGUAGUACGUCCAAACACCCGAUGAACAGAAGUGAUAUCCCCCAGAUGGUGUAUUUUGGAUUUGACGGCGUUUUGGAUUCAUCUUUUGUAAAAUCUUUCUAUUUUCUGUUCAGACGUGAAUACAUCAACCCAAACGAUUGUCCAAUCAGUGCCACCUUGUUCAUCACUCACAAUUACACUGACCAUGAUCUCUCCCGAGAAUUAUAUAAACGUGGAUUCGAGCUGGCCGUGUCUGAUGCCGCCAAUACAAUACACGAUGUGGGGUUUAACAUUAUGAACGAAGUCACAGACCACAAAACCAUGCUGUCCAAACACGUCGGAAUACCUCUGGGAGACAUAGCCGGCUGGAGGAGCCCCGACCUGAUGGCGAUGGGCGAUCUGCAGUUUCUCGCUUUACAAAAAUCAAACUAUAUUUACGACAGUUCUAUGACAUACACGAAAAAUCACAUAAACGAAAGUGACAUUUGGCCGUUUACCUUGGACUAUGGGUGGCCUUACAAGUCUACCUGUGCGUCUUGGUGCCCACAAGAUCAACAUCAUGGCCUGUGGGUGAUUCCAGUAAACUCUAUGAUACUGGAUGGGCAGCCAUGUACUUACGCUGAUAGUUGUGAAGAAAACUUAUCAAACUCUAAUGCAACCUUCAAAUAUUUAAUGGAUAACUUCAACAGUCACUACUAUGGGAAUCGGUCACCGUUCGGGAUCAACAUCCAUUCUACUGAUUUUAUAGAGGUCCAUAAAGCGGAGUUGGACAGGUUUAUUACCAACAUUCUGGACUAUGGCGAUGUUUAUAUCGUUAACAUUAAACAAAUGAUUGAUUGGAUGAGGCAUCCGACGUCACUCUCUGACAUCCGGGCUUUUGAGCCCUGGUGUACGUCGAAUGUUGUAGGAAACCAGGAACGAGAUGAGCCGAAGAGUAGUUCUAAUGAGCUGACGGUGGGAGAAAAGGCCUUGUUAGAUAUACUGAUACUGGUGUCCAGUGUUGGCAUCCUCUAUACACUGUCAAUAGUUGUGGAGAGGGUGUACCCCAACCUCAGGAAGAGGCGAAGUCGUCCUCUACAUGUAUACGAGGCGAUUCCUUUAACACAAGAUGAUAUUUACAUGUGAUUAUAGCUAGCUAAACUACACCAUUGAAUGGAUUCAUUCUUAUAUACGUCAAAGUUUGUACACGUUGAGCAAAACAUUCAUUUUAAAUAAUCAAAAAUAUCAUCAGUCUUCUUCAAAUUGUAAUAAAGAUGCUGAUUUCCUUACAUGCACUGCUGUCCUUUGUGCCAUGUCCGAAGUCUUAUGAAUUGUGGAACAUAUUAAGAACACUAUCACAUUGUUUUAUUCGUUUAGAUAAGUUUUUAUAUUUCUAACGUUCCUUAUAACUGCACACGUGUGUCCCUUAGAAGGCCGAAACGUUGACGUUGGAAGUCCACAAUCAUUCCCACGCGCCCGUCUGAUCUGACGGAAGUAUGAUGAUAUGGCGUCGUCCGUCGGUCAUUAGGUAUCGACUCUGGGGUGAAAGGUGAGGGUUAAAACAUGCUACUGAACCACUCAUAAGGUGAUGUAAAUCUUAUUCUAAUGAUAGUAUAUAACUAUAUAUAGUAGUCGAUUGACGUACACUUGUUUUAAGAAUUCGAAUGCAUGUCAUAAAAUGUUAGGCUUAGUUUGAAUACAAUUUUGUAUUAACAUUUCUGGUAAAAAGAUAAAGAAAAAGGAUGUGAAAACUGAAGACAUCUAGCUGAAAAUAUCGAUAAAUGUUAAAUAUGUCCUCAAUUUUAAACGUUUAUAUGUUUCUUUCUAUAUUUUUUUCCGUUACUAACUUUACAGUACAGUAUAGUAUUUUCACCUACAAGUACCUCUCUCUCUGUCUCUCUGUCUCUGGUAUAUGUAUAAUUGUAUUAUGGAGAUGACAUUUGAUAAAAUGUGAUAGCUUGCGUCCAAUA